AUGCCGGUACGGCUUCCAGGUCGGAAAUCGCAGGAUAAGGGGCCGGCAACCGAGAUGACUGGCGGCAAUCAGCUUCCCCUGACUGGUGGAACUGAAUGUGCGAUUCAAACGGUUUAUGAAGGGCCGCCAAAGUGCACAUGUUGCAAGAACUGGGUAACCGAAUAUCCCGGUAGUUCACGUACAGUGAAUGAGCAACAGCAAUACCUUCCGACGAAGCGGAUGGCCUUGAUUGUGCGUAUGGCGAAGAGCCACAGAGAUGGUGCCAGUAACGCCUUAACGCUGCACUCUAUUGUCGUCCAGAGCCCGUCAUUGAAGGAGACAUUGGGCGAAGUCUUCGAGGACAAGGGCAUCACUUCACCCGCUCUCAAGAAGCUUGUUUUCUAUGCCCCCUUCCAUCCAUUUAUACAUCGCUGGAACCGGUUAGGCGAGAUUCUCAGACGACAGAAAAAGAGAGGGCAGGCGGCUGCAGCAUAUACGCAGUUGCUUAUAGACGUGCUCAGAACGAGACUCGAGGGUACGGUGGCAGAGAUCAACAACCUACUACACCACAAGAUUAUCACAUACUCUAUGCUGUGGGCACUCUUUGAGCCGGACGUCCUUGUCGUUUCCCAGGUUGCGGGGCAUGAGCGCUUGUUCAAAGUACGCAGUUGUGAAUAUGACGACGAAGAAGGUUGUCUGAAGAUUACCGCCCGGUUCGUGGACUGGGACGGCAAGGGCUUUGGCUAUGUCAUGCAAAGCUUUGAGAUUCGUCGAUUCAGCGGCGACAAAUCUAUAGUCGAACUCGACGUCUUCCCGGUCAUAUUUCACCCAUCAAGGGAAGAGGUAGAGGCUAAUGCGGCUAGCCGUGGCGAACGCUUCCGGGAUCUCUGCGGCGUUCGGUACGUGGCGUUCUCGGGUUUGAUUCGGUAUCAGGUGGAGUGGAAGGAGAUCGUAAGGAACCUUGACGAUCGCGUUGUCAUUGAUGCGGCCUCUUAUUUUGAAACGGAUUACGAACACCGUGCCGCAUUGAUGCCUCUGAAUUCGGACACAGACGCGCCCCAAAUUUAUGCCGUGGAUGAGCAGCACUGUCACGAGAGCGUGACGGAAUCCGAAGGGAGGCAGUACACUAUGCGUCAACGGGAAGAGCAGAGGAACGAUGCCAGAUUUUCCGAAGAAGCGUCUUCGACUCGGAUCACCAAUGGCAGUAUGCCUAUCCUAGCUGCACCUGUAAGCGGCGACCCACACGGUCCAAAUGAGGAGAUCAUGGAGGAGCACUUACGGCUUUGCUCCCCUUAUGUCCGAGGCUUUUCACUGAAAUUGAAAAGGUGGCUGGAGUUCGACCUUGACGGCAUCACAGAGAUCAAGUGGAAUGAUAGUGCCUUUGCUGAAUUGAUGCUGCCACCUGGUUACAGAGAUCUGGUGCUCUCAUUUGUGGCGGGACUGAGCAACGGCAAGGACGCCUUGGACGAUCUCAUUGAAGAUAAAGGUCUAGGUAUCAGCUUGCUCUUUGCUGGGAGCUCUGGCACCGGCAAGACACUGACAGCCAGGGCUAUUGCGGAGGAGCUCCGUAAGCCCUUGUACAUUCUGAGUGCCGGGGAAUUUGAACAAGAUCCGUCGAGCGCUGAAGAAAGGCUGAGGCGUACAUUCAUGCUGGCUGAGAAGUGGAAUGCAGUGCUCCUUAUUGACAAAUGUGAUACUCUCCUGCAAGAGCGGCCCUCUGAUCGCCUUGAGCAUAACAAGAUCCUCGCCGUUUUUCUCAGGUUGCUGGAAUACUACCGCGGGAUUCUGAUAAUAGCCACCGAUCAAGCAGAUACCACCGACAAGACGCUGAAAAGCCGCGUACAUUUCACCAUGCACUUUCCCGAGCUCAGUGCACCCGCUAGAAAAGAGAUAUGGAGGCAAUCUAUUGCUCGUUCAAAGGCGGACGCGGCCAUCACAGACAAGGUGUAUGACCGGUUGUCCCAGCUGCCGUUGAAUGGCCAUCAGAUCAAGCAGGUUGUAAAGAUUGCCACCCUCUUAUCUUACCAACAAACACAAAGCCUUGGGCUAGCACAAAUUCGGACUGUUCUAAGCGCCUCACAGGAGGUAGAUGCCCCCGCUAUUGCAGGCAUUUGA